AUGAGUCAAGAUAUAAACUUACGUAAAAUGCUAUGUCCCUCCACAAUACCUUCUGGAUUGGUAACCGUUCCAGUUAAAGUGAGUAUUGGGAAAGAAGACUUCAAAUUGAAUCUCUCCGCAGGUUUUUUGUGUGCUAGACAGGAUAAGAUUAUUGAUGAGUAUGUCAUUUCACCUGCUAUUGGCUGGCGUGUAACUAUGCUUAAA